ACGGCCCGCUGCGCGCACCUCGCGGAGAUCCUCCAGGUGGACCUGGACUGGAAGAUCAACAGCGUCUCGGACGGCCAGCGCCGCAGGUGCCAGCUGCUGGAAAUACUUGUUACACCACGGCCUGUGUACCUCAUGGACGAGAUCACGUCUGACCUCGACAUAUUCGCUCGUGAGGGUAUAUUGGGUUUCUUGAAGGCUGAGUCCGAGCAGCGCGGCUGCACAAUCUUCUACUGCACGCACAUAUUCGACGAGCUGGAGGGCUGGCCCGACCACCUGCUGCACCUGUCGAAGGGCAACGUUGUGCGCGCCUGCCCGUUCAGCGAGGUGCACGAGUACCACCAGCUGUGCAGCGAGGGGUGCUCGACUCCGCUGUACUCCACCAUCAGAAGGUGGAUCUACGGGGAGUACGCUGAGUCGGAGGGGGCGAAGCCGUGGAGGGUGGUGGACGAGAAGUCCUUGGCGGAUGGUCGCAUCCCCAACCUCGGGCUCGCCGGCCCCUUCCAGACGUCCUGCGGCAGCGGCUGA